UAACAGUGGGUGAUGCAUCAGGCCCGUGCAGGCUGCUAACCUGGCGAUGGGCUAAAGUUUAGAAAGGAGCAGGGGGUUAACAAUGGAAAAGUUGUGUUUGUGAACAGGUUGGGAAAGUUUUGGCCAAAAAAAAGUUGUAGCGCUUUUCCUCCUUGCACGGAUGCGGUUUCGGGAAUCGACAACAUGUAAGUUUUGAUAACAGAGCCGCACUAAUCUUUUUACGCUCUGAGCAGUUUAUCACUUGAUUAACCUCGUGAAAGUGCAGUUUGAAGCUUUGCCAACAAUUAAAAAGAGUGAUUUUUGUUAGUUAUUUUUUUAGGCUUCGUGAGGGGAAAUGGACCACAACUUCAAAAGGUGCUCGGAUCUGUAACAUCUGUGGAGUUAAAAUGUGUGUGUGAAAUCAAACAAAGAAAGACAUGAACAAUGGCAGAAAGAGAGAGGAAGAACGCGGCUGUGUAUCGCAGCGUCUCUUUCAAAAAGUUUGGGUCCUGGAGCGCCAACAGGAGUGAAGACCAACAACACAAAUCAGAGAAUUUGGAGGCAGCUGGCGUCGCCCUUCCCCCGGAGCCCAGCAAAGCAGAACAGCACUUGGCGACGCGUAAUGUCAGUGUGUCAAGAAAAGUUUCCAAAAUCUCUGCCACCACCAGCCUCCCGACCGCAGACCCAAAGAAAGGCUCCUCCACUCCUCUUUCCUCUAUUUCUCCAUCCAUCCGUCAGCUCACUGAGAAAUUUAGUUCCUCCGGGACGCACAGAGCCUCACCGGGAGACGGAGCAGCACUGACGCGGGGGAGCAGCACUCUUCCCCGGGCCAGGGGCUCCAGGAGAGAGGGGUCUCCGUCUCGUAAAUCUUUUCACGAGGACAACGGAGGUGGAUAUUUCCAGGAUAGUGACAUUGCUCAUGCAGAGUCACUGACAGACAAUAAAGUGUUUUACUCUGACACUGACUCUUUGUCAGGCACGGACUCAGAAAAGAAAAAGCGGAUUUCUACAACCGAGAGCAACUCUGGUAAGAGAGAUUAUUCACAGAUCAAUGCAUGUCCCUCUGAUCCCAGAAAGACUCUGACUACAGAUGAGGAAGAGGAUGUUGUUAGUAGAGGGGUUCCCCCACCCUGUAAAUCUCACAGAAGUUAUCUCUCUACACACCACAGUGACUUUAUUCCCCUGCACUCCGACAAGUGGCCAAGUGUCACCAAAAUUAGACAAAUUUUUGAUGAGAGGCUAGACAAAACUACGCAGCAGCAUAAGGCGGACUCUUGUGAGUAUUUAAAAGUAGCUAGUGGAGGACAUCUACACAAUCUCAGCCCCAGUGAGAGUGCUCCUCUUUUGGAUAGAAAUGACAAACUCUUGCUUUGCAGCUCUGCUAAUGAAGCCAGUAGCCUGUCUUUGUAUGGCAAAAACAUAGUUGGAGCGCAAAGCACUGCUAAAGAGAAUUUUUGUCACGGUAUGGACUAUUAUUCCAAAACUGACCAUCAGCAGUACUCAAACAACAAGGAGGCAGACUUAAAGGCACAAAGUUUUAAUGACAAAGUUUCUGGCAGAAAUACUUUUCAAAGUGGCAGCAGUAGCAGUCGAAGUUGCACUGGGGGUAGUCGCUACCAAAGGAUUAACCCAUCUCCACACAGAUCUCAUAGUCCCAGCCCUGAGACCGAGGCUGCCCACAAGAACCUCAGGACGACCGGGUUGACAUCUGACCCCAGCACUGACCUUCAACCCCCAGCUACUUCGUCUUGGAGUCAAUCGAACAGCUUGGACACCUCCUCCUGCUCCUCCUCUCUUCAGCAGCCGACAGUGAGGGAGAGAAGGGAUAGACAGGGGGUCGGGCUGCCCAGGGAUAGUUUACAUUCCUCACAUAGCUCCUCUAGAGCGCCAGCCCCCACCUCCACCUCCUCCUCCUCUGCUCCAGCUCCAGAUAAAGCCAUUACCUCCUCCUCCUCUACUGUAGCUCCCUCCAUCGAGCUUAGAGCCCCAGAAAGACUUGCCUCUCCUCUAAGCUCCCGCUGGAGGUUUAGCUCUGGAGACGAAGAGGAGGAGCACUCCAGGAGAAGAAGAGAAGGUGGUUCGAGUGUCCCCUCUGGUCCUGCUCCUGACAUCUUCUACAAAGCAGGAGAAAGAGGCACCACUGAGCGAGGAGGUAGCCAUUUAUCCCGAAGUAAAAAUGGCUGGUGGGGUGCUAAGGGCAUUGGCAGGUCUUCAGGCAGUGAGGAGGACAGCCCUGGUUCUUUAGGCCCCCACAGUCGAGAGGCAGUGCGCCGCCGCUCGUUGAGAAAGAAGAAGAAGGUUGGUGUAGCUGCUCUUGCAACAGGCCGUGAUGAUUAUGAUGAUCAUGAUGGCGAAUCAGAAGAUACCGACAGUGACCCAGCCUUGACAAUGGAGCACUUACAGAGGCACCACCAGCAAAAUACAGGAGGAGAAUUUGUUGGAGCAGUAUCCCGGAGCCAUUCAGCAAGAGGGCACAGCAGUAACAGUAACAGAGCCAGGGUGCAGCAAUGGGAGCGCAUCACCUCACCUGUGACAUCCACGACACUUCCUGGUGUAUCGCGGGUGUCAAAGGUCAACAUCCCCCCAUUUGUUUCCAGUCCUGGUGGUUCGCGUUGCAACAGCCGAUACUCCAGCACUGAGACGCUAAAGGAGGAGGACCAGGCUGGUUGCGCCAGCCGUGCAGCAAAUGUGUUUUUAAACACAGGCAUAGCAGGAGGCAGCACUAGCAGAACUGCAUCAUCAUCCAUGCUAAGUAAAACUUACCAUGGGAAUUUUACCAUGUAUCGCUCCCCAAGCUUUGGCCAUGGGGAUAACUUCUCCCGUACCCCUGUGCGGGUGCGCCCCAAGAUUUUGCCCAAAGUCACCCCCUUAUGCAAUGUGCUUGCCAGAGAAGGAGGAGUAUCUGCAGGGGUUAGGGGUGGUGAGACUGCAUCAUUAAGGAAGACAACAGGUGGCGAUGGGGUUGAUGAUAUUGAUAAAAACAAAAUAUCCAUGUCCAACCCUGAUAUCACCUCAGAAACUAUGUCUCUCUUAAGCUUCCUGAAAUCAGACUUGUCAGAGCUUAAGGUGCGGAAAACGAGUGGAGACAAAUCCGGGGUCUUGGAGGGGUCACCAGUGUACAGGAUGGGCUCACGAUCUCAUGGCGGUACUCUGCUACCUUCUGGCCGCCGCCCGUCACUGAAAGACCUGACUGCCACCCUGCGUCGGGCAAAAUCCUUCACCUAUUCAGACAAACCCACACCAGCAGUGAGGUGUUACUUGACAGGUGGCGCCACGAAGAGAAGCUCCUCUGAGCAGCAGCUUGACUUCGAUGGAGAGGGGGAUGAAGGGAGGGUGGCAGUGUCGGAUAGGGAGGUAGAAAGUGAUGGGGGUGAUUUUAGGUUUGGGAGAGGGCAAAGAUUAAGGGAUUAUGGAUUUGAUGAUGAGGAUGAGGAAAGGAUGCCGACUCCAUUGCAGGAGAGGUAUGUUCAGGAGGCAAGGCAGGUCAUUCAAGAUAUCUGCCAGAUGAGUAGUAGAGAAGAUGAUGAUGUAGAUGUAAGGAGAACUGAUGAUGAUUUGGAGGAUGAAUGUUUCCAGGUCAAGAAAACAAAUGAGGAGAGGAAGAAAGCAGGAGUGUGUGUGAAGGAUCAGGCAAGGACAGAUCAAGAGUCUGAGUUUAAGAACACAGAAGACAGGGAUAAACAUGAGAGGGAGAGAGAGAACAGGGAGAGGGAGAGGGAUGGACAAAGUAUGCAGUCGGAGAAGCUAAACAGCAGGGGCACAGAGUACAGGGAGAAGGCAAAGAGACAGAGCAGAGAGACAGAGCGAGCCUUACUGAAGGGCGACUCGGAGGAAAGCAUGUUGUACGACCGCUCUGUGGAUGAACUUUCAGGCCAUGAGUCUAGUUUAACAGAUGAAGGGAUUGUAACAGAGCCAGAGACAGCCCCCAGUGACCCCUCUGAGAGGUUGUUCCUGGGGUCAGCAGGGGUUAAUUUGGGGUCAUUUAUUGCUAGGGAUGUGCUAGGGCAGCCAGUCACCGCAUGGAAGCAAUCGGCUCUCCAUGAGGCGGAGCAGGAGAGAGAAGAAAUGACGGAGAACAGCUUGAAUUGUACAAAUCGUCUGAAUGAAGUCAGCUUACCUCCUUCCUUGCCUCAUCCUGCGCAUGUGGCUGAGAGUGACAGUUUCAUCAUGGAGCUCAGUAGCACUGGUGGUAUCAACAAUGUCAACAGUGAGGAGAUCAACACUAACAGCGCUGUGUCACAAAGGUCAGCAGGCAGCGCGGGAGGAGGAGGAGGACUUGAAGCCCCUGCGACACCAAGUUCAGUCCGUCGAAGGCGCAAAUUCUCUCCUUCUGGUAAUAACAACACAGGCUCUGAUUCCAGUAAUGGUAGUAAUGUGGAGUCAACAAUAGCAGCUGUUGGAAAUGGGGAGUCCACUGUCUACCGCUCUCUUAGUGACCCCAUGCCUCAGCGGCGCUGUUCUGUGGCAGAAGAAGGGAAUAACAAUUUUUCAUCUGUGGACAGCAAUCUUCUAGGUUCCCUAUCUGUCAAAGGAGGAGGUGCUCCAGAGGCCUCUGCUGCUGCAGCCUUGUCAGAGUACAAGGGCAGCAUGGCCAGUGACUUGUCAGUUUAUAGUGAUGGUGGGCUCCGUGAUGAUGGCGUUCGUGACUACAGUGGGGUGAUCAGGAGCAUCGUAGCUGAGCCAGGUGCAAUGGACAGACUGAUGACAGAUGACCAUGGCAAUGGCAAAGCUCCCAAGAAGAAGUCAUUCAGUGACCCCAGUCGCCGUAGUGAUGCCCCUUUGCUCUCCCAGAAUGACCCUCAAUUUAAAGGUCAGACUGGCAGCACUCAGCCAAUCAGUGAGCUGGAUCAACCUGGUCAGAUCCCACCUUCCAACAGUGAGCCAAUCCUGAACGAGCAGAGAGAGGAACUGUGGGAGCCCGAAGAGAAGUCAAAACAUGCACUGCAGACACAGCCAAACAUUAAUAAAGUCAAGAAAGCUCGUUCCCAGUCAGAAUGUACCCCCCACUCUGAUAAUUUUAAUGAUGAAGAUGGUUAUGAAAUAGACCAAGGCGGAGAUGAGACAGAGGUGCAGAAGUUUAACUUUAACCUCAAGCUAGCUGAGGUCCUGUCUCCUAGAAUGGUUCGUCGGCCCACCAGAAAGCGUCCAAACAGGCUGGCUCAGUUUUUUUCUCACGAAGAGCCGUUUGAGCCCCAAGAACUGGGUUCAGAGGAAGAUCACAGUGACCAAACCGACCUCACCCCUCCCCUUCCCCCACUGCAGUCCAAACCCAAAAACAGACCCAAGCAUGUCCGCCAUGCCAGUGAACCUGCCACCUUCAUCCCCAUCUCCCCACCUCCACAACUCCAGCCACUGAAGGAGGCUGACUGCCUCGCCAUCCGCCCCACUGCAGAGCCUCCAACAAGUAAGCCUCCAGGAGACGAGGCCCCAUCUCUGGAGGAUGUGACCCAGAAAUACAUCCUGGAACUGGGCGCUGCUGAGGGCUCAGGGCCUCUGCCAGCGGCCAGGGAUGGAGCUGAGGGUUUGGUGUCGGCUUCAGAGGGGCCCAAUGAGACAAGCACCAGUGGAAUUACAGAAGCUGGACCACAGAAGAAGAGCACAGAGGACACUGCAUCCACAGCCCCACAAAGGACCAAGCCCAGAGUGGACAUGAGGAAACAUGUGAUGAUGACCCUCUUGGACACAGAGCAAUCAUAUGUGGAGUCACUACGCAGUCUUAUUCAGGGCUACAUGCGUCCUCUCAAACAGCCAGACAGCGGCUCCAUAGUGGACCCUCUGCUGGUGGACGAGAUGUUUUACCAGAUCCCGGAGAUCCUGGAGCACCAUGAGCACUUCUUGGAGCAAGUCGCCGGUUGUGUUGGCCAGUGGCAUGAUAGGCAGACUGUCGGACACCUCCUCAUCCAAUCAUUCUCCAAAGAGACUCUAGCUAAUAUGUAUUCAGCGUACAUCGACAACUUUCUCAACGCCAAAGAUGCUGUGAGGAUUGCCAAGGAGGCCAAGCCAGCAUUUCACAAGUUUCUGGAGCAAAACAUGCGUGAGAACAAAGAGAAACAGGCUCUGGGUGAUCUGAUGAUUAAACCGGUCCAGAGGAUUCCUCGAUAUGAGCUGCUGGUGAAGGACCUGCUCAAGCACACUCCAGAGGAUCACCCAGAUCACCCAUACCUACUGGACGCCCAGAGGGACAUCAAGCGAUUGGCUGAGAAGAUCAAUAAGGGCCGUCGCUCUGCUGAGGAGGCAGAGAGAGAAGCCAGGGUCAUCCAGGAGAUUGAGGCGCACAUAGAGGGUGUUGAACAUAUUCUGAACCCCCAGAGGAAGUUCUUGAGACAGGAAAUGGUCAUGGAGGCGAAGACAGUUGGUGGGAAGAAAGACCGUUCUCUCUUCCUCUUCAGUGAUCUGAUCAUCUGCACCACUCUCAAGAGGAAGUCUGGCUCAUUAAGACGCAGCUCCAUGAGCCUAUACUCUGCUGCAAGUGUGAUUGAUACUUCCAGUAAAUAUAAGUUCCUGUGGAAGCUUCCCCUGGAGGAGGUGGAGGUUGUGAAAAGCUCCACUCAGGCAACAAACAAAGAAAGCAUUCAAAAGAUGAUUAGUCGAUUAGAUGAGGAUCUCAGCACUUUGGGUCAGAUCAGCAAACUCUCUGAGACCCUCAGCUUUCCACACCAGGCCCUCGAUGAAGUAAUAAAAGAUCUAAUGGCAUCAGUGCAUAGGGAGCUGUCAGAGAAGCAGUCUCUGGCCUUCAGUAUGACCUUCCUGCCCACAAAGCUGGAGUUCACCACAGCCUCUGCUGAGAGCAGCUUCGUCUUCGAGUUUACCUCGCCUGACAGUCGCUCCAACUUUGAACAGGCCUUUGAAGACGCCAAGAAGAAGCUCGCAAUGAAUAAGGACCAGUGGGACCCAGAGUUUCUGAAGGCCAUUCCUAUUAUGAAGACACGGAGUGGAAUGCAGUUUUCAUGUGCCUCUCCCAGCCACAGCUGUCCUGACAGCGGCUGUGAAGUGUGGGUCUGUAACAGUGAUGGAUAUGUGGGGCAGGUGUGUCUGUUAAACAUCAAAGAUGAGCCCACAGUUGAAGCCUGUAUUGCUGUCUGCUCAGCGAGGAUCAUAUGCAUUGCUGCGGUACCAGGACUGAAGGGAAAGGAGCGUGGAUCAGAGCCCACCCUGGCCACUUCCUCUGGAGCACCUGGUCACAACCAGCAGCAGCUCCAUAUAUCCAUUUCUCAUUCAUCUCUGGAGCUGACGGAGCAACCCACAGGACCAGGGGCGGAGCUCGUUCCAUUUGACAGUGACGACACAGAUGAUGAGGAUUCACCCAGCCCUUCCUCCACUCUACAGAGUCAGGCCAGUCACUCCACCAUAUCAUCCAGCUAUGGCAAUGAUGAGGGUCCAGGCUCUAAGGACAUGGCUACAGAGACCACCAGCAGUGAGGAGGAGCAGGAGUUUCCAGUUGCGAGCACUUAUGGAGCUCCAGGAAUGCUGGGUGUUGGCGGAGGAGGUCGCGCCCACACAGAGAGCCCCAUGGACGGCCGCGCCAUGCGCCGCUCCUCUCGGGGCUCAUUCACAAGAGCAAGCCUGGAGGACCUGCUCAGCAUUGACCCGGAGGCCUACCAGAGCUCAGUUUGGCUGGGAACAGAGGAUGGAUGCAUCCACGUGUACCAGUCCUCGGACAACAUCCGUAACCGUAAGAACAGCAUGAAGAUGCAACACUCAGCCUCCAUCCUCUGUAUACUGUAUUUGGACAACAAAGUGUUUGUGUCCUUGGCCAAUGGAGAAGUGAUCGUCUAUCAGAGAGAAGCAGGUAGUUUCUGGGACCCUCAGUCUUCUCAGACAUUAGUUCUGGGCACGCCCAGUAGCCCUGUCACCAAAAUGGUUCCUGUAGGAGGAAAGCUUUGGUGUGGCUCACAGAACAGAGUCCUCAUUAUCAACACAGCGACACUGGUACAAGAGCACUGGUUCCAGGUGGGCACAGACAGCAGUCGGUGCGUGACUUGCAUGGUGGCGUACGGUCAGGGCGUGUGGUUGGCGUUGCAGGGCAGUGCGCAGGUCAAACUGUACCACGCUCAGACCUUGGAGAGCCUGACAGAGGUGGACGUGGCGCCUGCUGUGCAUAAGAUGCUUGCAGGGGCAGAUGCCAUUAUCAGACAGCAUAAGGCUGCCUGUCUGAGAAUCACAGCAUUGCUAGCAUGUAAAGAUCUUCUGUGGAUUGGAACCAGUGCAGGGGUGGUCCUUACACUGGUGAUCCCAGCAGUGAGCUCAGGAACUGGGGCUGGGACACUAAAAUCUCCUCUGGUGCCAAUGGGCUCAGCUCAUGGACACACGGGCCACGUCCGGUUCCUGACAUCAAUCGAGCUACCAGAAGGGUUUGACAUGAACUUCCCUCCUACAGCAGCUGACUCCACAGGCAACCAAUCCCAGAGCAGCAGUACUGUUGACAGGAACCUCCAAAGGCGUGACUCAGCACGUCGCCGAGCCUCUGCCCACAUCCCCUCAAAAACCAACCACCUAGUCAUUUCUGGUGGUGAUGGCUACGAGGACUUCAGACUGACCAAUAGCAGUGAAACAGUGGGACGGGAUGACAGUACCAACCAUCUUUUGCUUUGGAAGGUCUGAGACAGUCGACCCCAUUUUCAACAACCCACCCCAACCUCCCUCCAGCUGAGAACAGCGCACAAGCUCCUGUCCUUUCUCCCCACGGGACUCCUCACUUUUUGGUGUUGUUUUGGUCUUCUGCUCAGUCCACCAGUCUCUAUGUGCAUAAUAUGGCUGUCGACUCCCUCCUGGAUGUAAUGAUGAAUAUGAUCACUUCAAAGACAGUUUUCUUGUGUUAUUGUUUCUGAUGGUGUGCGUUGUUCCUCACUGAGUGGUGUCUGUGUGUGUGUAUUUCGUUUUAAUGGCAUCUGCGAGAACCGUCUAGAAAAGCGUUUUUUAAACUCAAGUCUUAUGUGAAGGAGACAGAAGAAGACGGAGAAAAUGAAACUUUCACACGUGGAUGUAUGUUUAGACCGAUAAUUGAAGAAGAGAAAGACAGAAGAAGACUUGGACUAUGCAGAAUGUCAUUGCACAGGACGUCGAAGAGGACAUUUAAGUGAAGCAUGUACUUGUCCAUAAACAUAUUAUCUGUUUUUCUGGACUGAAACAUCAACCCUUUACUCCUUCAUAGCUUCAUCUUAGCCUGAACUGCAGACAAAAUUCCUUCUGAUGAUAAGAGGUAAAUGUCAUGUAAAAAUAUUACAAUGGAAACUAAGUAAAAGUGCCAUCACAGACUUUAGUUUGAUGGAUAUUCUGAAUUUGCGUUCAUUUCCACAGCUGGAGCUCAAGCUCGGAUGAAGUUCAGUUGAUAUCUGUGAGCUUAGGAGUAAAAGACAAAAGCGUUCUUAUCUUCUUAGCCGAGUUGUAAGAAUAGCUACUCCACGAUUAUUGCUUAUAGAUGUGAGACUGCUAAAAUCAUCUUUUCUCCUGCAGAGGGACAGUGAAUAUCAUUAAAGUGCAAUAUGUGGAAAGGGUAUCUAACACACACAGUCACACACACAUUAAUGCACAGCCUUCACUCACUGAAUUGGAAGACAUUUGUGAAAAACAUAAAUGUGUGUUUUUCACAGAUAAUCACUUUGCAUCAGAUAUUUGUAAUUUAAUUUUUGAUGUCAGUUUGAGAUGACAUGAAUGGAGAUUAUGCCCACUACUGGAGUAGCGUAAAGAAAGAAGUGCAUUGGAGAUAUUCCUCCUUGACUAUGCCAAAGCCUUGUAUCUGUCAAGAUGUUACGAGAUCUGAAAAGAUUUCCGAUUGUUGAGCAGAAAUCAGGAGCUGAUGUGACUGACGUCUAUGAUGCCAGGCUGUGGUAGCAGAUAAUGAUAGUUGUGUACAGUAUUUAUGGUUUUUGAUUUUAGCGCCUUCUUUUACAGCACUUAAUUUAUAGAAGAUGUAGCUUUCACUUUUUGUUUUUGAGUUGAAGAACAAAGACACCCUGGUUUUAUUAGGAGAUAAAUGAGAAUAGUUUGGCUCGAGCAGACAGACAGACAUACACACACAGCAGGGGUGUAAUGUUACAGUCCACUCAUGGUUUGGUACAAUGCACAAUACAGGGACCUUUUUGUUAUAUGACUACAUAAAUGUAAAGGAACAAUCCAGAAAGUAUUUUUUUGUCAUGGUAACUCAUGUAUUGGCUGUUUGAAGACCCAGACUGCAAAAUGACCCCAAAGUUCACCUCAAGCUGUCUUUGAAUGCAGCUCAAUCCUUAUCUUGAAUCAACAGUCACCCCGUCACCUGUUUUGGUGCCAGAUGCAAAGAUCUGUUUAAUAUUUCAAAUACUUCUCAGCUUUGCAUUGUGUACUAUGGCAUUCUGUGUCACCAGAAAUAUACCACAAAGAUCUAUUGUUACAGCCCUAUAAUGCACAAACACUGAUUUCAGUAUUGAUUGUUGAAGAUGCAUGUUGUUUGUUUGUAAGAUGAGAGAGUACCCAAGAUACAGACUAGGUCAGAAGGACAAAUGCUUAGCACCUGCACGUGCCUUCAGAAGGCUAAACGUUAAGCCAUUACACACACACACACACACACACACACACACACACACACACACAGUGAUACACAGAGUGAAAAGUCAGCUCUCCCUCGCACUACAGCAGAUGUUUGAGGGAAGUCAAGGAUGACUCUGACUCGCCCUUGCACAUACUCACACAUUAGCCUUUGGGGGUUAAGCAGUGAUUGUCUUUGAUCCCCACAAGCCUAGAAAACCUUGUUGCACUUUGCCAGCCAUCUGGGCCCUUCACCUCAGCUCUCCCCGCUUAACGGUCGCGCUCACAUUAGGUUGACUCUCCCACUGUGAGAGCAGCUAAAAGCUAAGAGGAUUGGUUGGUUAUUGUGAUAGCUGCUAACUAGUGAGCUCUUUGCCUUUAAGCGUAAAAGCAUGUGUGUGCAACCUUCACAAGUGUUCUGUUAUGUUCACUUGAAAAAGGAUGUAAAAAGGAGCUUGUUUGCAAUUUCCAUUCCACUGUUGAGGUAAAAUUACAGUUAGCUUAUGUUAACACCUGAAGAAUAUAGCAGAGGAAUUUUAGCAAAUGUUACAGAACUAAUUCAACAUUAAAGAAAUUACGGCUAUUCAGUUUCUUGUCGAGAGUUAAGAGAGAAGGUUUACACCACUUCCAUGUCUGCACAGUAAACAUUAAACAGUUAGCCUGUUUGCUUUGCACAAAGACUGAAAACGGUGAAACACCUUGCCCGAUAUUGUCCAAAGGUACAAAAAAAUGUGCCUAAAUGCUCUAAAGCUCACUAAUUUAAACAUUAUAUCUUGUUUGUCUUGCAAGUUUCUGCAGUUUCCAGUCUUUGUGCUAAACUAAGCUAAGCUAACCGGCUGCUGGCUGUUGGCUGAUAUUUACUAUAGAGUGCCACAGGGAUUUUUCUGGAGGCUGAUGCAGAAGUUAGUUUCGCCCUGGUUCCCUUAUCAAAAAGCUAAUGGGAUUUUUCCAUUGGAUUUUGGAUUGCUAUAGAAAUUACGCUCUGUGGCAAACAAAUGAUUAUAAUACUUACAGGUUUUGUCAAACAAGAUCAUCUUCAUAUAUUAACACCACUUUUGUGAUUUUUGAAGCCUAAUGCAAUUGGCAGAAGCUAAAAGCUAGUCUUAGGCUAUAAACAAACUAUAGGCCAACUAGGAUCGUAUAAUUUAUCAUUCCUGCUACUACAACGCUGUAAAGCCGUGUUCCCUGUAAUGACAUUUUGUAGCCUAGUCUCAGUGGCCACGUUAGUGACCACCUAUUUUAUAAAAGCUUUAAAGUUCACGAGUAUUUUCUGACGUAUUUUAUGUCGUAGAACAAAAUGUCUCUUAAGCUCGUGUUAACCACAGACACUAUGUCAGGCAUCUAACCAAAACCCAUUCAAAAAACCCAUUGACUUCAAGUGCAAAAAUGCCAACUCAUUUCAGGGUUUUAGGACUUAUUUCUGGAGAACUCCACACAGAUGUGAGAGUGGUGUCAAUCUUCUCAUUUUACUCCAGGCAACCUCAAUAAGAGUAUUUCGAGUGUUCAGUAAUUCAUUUAAUGUCCUCCGAUGUUAACGGUGGUAACAGAUAAUGUUUAUGUUCUGUAUGAUUCACAGCAAAAUUAAUGUUUGUGUUCUCAGUGCCAAGAGCUGCUAAGUCACCGAUGAAAAAUGCUGUGUAUCUAUGCUGGCUGAAGCGCAACGGGGAGCUCCCUGCAGAGUGGAGUCAGUAUAUUUUCUGUGAUAACUGAGGAGAGGAACAACUGUGUGCUAUCUCUGCUGGUACCAGCGCUUUUGGAGCAGUGUUUCUAAAACUGUGAUCUGGGCGGCAAAAAAUGGUUACGGCCCCACAACACGUUACUGAAUCUUUAGUGUGUUUUUUGAUGUUCUGGGGUCUCUGGGUAAAACAUAAUUACUUAGUAUUCUGGGCUGAAUCCGCUAAGAUGUUUGGAGUCAAUCACUUUAAAUUCAGCUGAGUCAGAGUUAGAUUUUCUUUAAAAUCAGAAAAAAGAAUUUGCCUUAACAAUAUACUUUUAUGUUUCUUUCUAUUAAUUACUAAAUAAUCACGUUUUCAGCAGUGUCGUUUAAGGUUUUGAGCCCAGUGUCAUGAAAAGACUCCUCAUUUUUGACAUCAGCUAAAAGCAUGCACACAAACAUGUUACGUCUUUGACAUGAAGUAAACUAGAUGCCCUUUUGACCAGGAUUUAGAAAAUGAAGUGGAAUUUACACUUAAUUUUCACCGUCACAUAAAACUCAUCCUGUCAUCACUGUAACUCUCAGCAACCAUGUAAGUAACCUCCUCAUGCCCGUGUGUGAAAGAAGUCUUUAUUGUUGUAAAUAUUGGUAUAUAUUGCCUUUUUCUGUAAAUAGUGCACCCACAGUCCUCAAUUGUUGAUAUGAAUCUAAUGGCAUAUUUUUAUAUAUUUGUGUAAGGUUUGUUUUUGUUUGUAUUUUUUCCCCUUCCUCCUCUCUGGCAUGCGCUGUCAGUGGCGUUUAAAUUAUAACUGUAGUAGAUUUUUCCAAAAGAAGAUGAGAUGAAAACGAUGACAGAAGAAGGGUUUUGGCAUUGAUGUUUUCACUGGUAGCGACGUUGGCUCCGAAACGUAUGUUUGCCCUGUUACAAACGGACAUCCACAGGAAGGAAAACAACCUGAUCACAACUUCGUUUAUCUCUGGGUAUGGUUGCAGUUGUCAUGGUUACUGUCUAUCAGAGUUACUUCCUGUAUGUAGCUGUUCUCGUUUCGUCACUGUGGGUUCCUCUUUGUAAUUAAAUCAGUUCACUGGUG